AUGGAGGCCUCUUUGAAGGGUACUUCCUUCUUUUUUUCUCUCCUCACCUUCUCAAUUAAUAUUCUUCUUUUGUUGCUUCUGUUUUCAUUCUCCUCUCUCUUUAUUAAUAUCUCUUUCUCCUCCUCUCUCACCCUCUCUCUUUUCAUUAAUCUGUCCCACUGCUUCUUUAUUCUCUGUCUUUCUAUACUUUCUUUCGGUUCCUUCUCUUUGUUACUUCAACUUUUUAUGUCAUUUCGUUUUUCAUUUUGUCUCAUCCAUCACCUCCUUUCCUCUUUCAUGCUUCCUAAUCUCUUUCCUUCUCUAUCUCACACAUGUCUAUUCCUGGCGCCAUUUAUUUCUUUCUAUCGUCUCGUCUUCCCCUCUCUCUUCUUCACAUUCUCUAUCUUUCCUCAUUCCUUUCAUUUCCUCGUACAUUUUGUCUACAUUCUGUUUUUCAUUUUUUCUUUCCUGGCAUCUGUCCUAUUCCUUCAUUCUUUCUUUUCUUUAUUUUUUUUCUUUCUUUCUUUCUUUCUUUUAUUUUCCUUUCACCACCUUCACUUUCUUUCUUUCUUUCUUUCUUUCUUUCUUUCUUUCUUUUCUUUCUUUCUUUCUUUCUUUCUUUCUUUCGUUACUCGUAUCUUUCCUACUACCUUCCCCUAUUCGUUUCUUUCUUUCUUUCUUUCUUUCUCUCUUUCUUUCUUUUUUUUUUUUUCUUUUCUUUCUUUUCUUUCUUUACUUUCUUUUCUUCUUCUUUUUCUUUCUUUCUUAUCUUUCUUUCUUCUUCCCUAUUCGUUUCUUUUUUCUUUCUUUCUUUCUUACCUUCCUUUUUAUUUAUUUUUUCUUUCUUUCUUUCUUUAUUUCUUUCUUUCUUUCUUUCUUUCUUUUUCUUUCUUUCUUUUUCUUUCUUUUUCUUUUUUCUCACUGUCCACUUUUUCUCCUAACUUUCUUUUUCCUAUUCCUUUCUUUCUGCUUACUCUUCUACUUCUUUCUUUAUUUUUCGUUUCGUCCGUUAUGACCACUCUUUUCUUUCUUUCUUUCUUUCUUUCUUUCUUUCUUUCUGUCUUUUUUAAUUACUUUCUAUCCACCCAUUUUCUUCUUUCUUUCCUUCUAAAUUUUCUUCUUUCUUUCUUCCUUGCUGUCCACACUUUUGCUUCUUUUCUCUUUCCUGGCAUCUGUCCUUUUCUUUCUUUCUUUCCUGGCAUCUGUCCUUUUCUUUCUUUCUUUCUUUCUUUCUUUCUUUCUUUCUUUCUUUCUUUCUAA